CAAAUUAAAUGACAACUCUAUCAUAAAAAGAACCGGUUGCUUAUUUUCCUCUAAUUGAAGAAAGUACUUGCAUAUAUAUACAUCUACCUUAAGUGCAUAAACUUUAAAGCAUAGAAAGAUAGAGUACUUACAAAUUAACCAUGAAAAUCUUCAUUCUGGCUUUGGUAUUCUCGUUUAUUACCUGUAUAAAUUGUAUUAGCCGAAUAACCGAUAGCCAUUUGAAUAAUGGAGCUUCAUUCAUCUUUGGGGACUCAUUAGUAGACGCCGGAAACAAUAACUACCUGCGAACUCUGGCCAGAGGCAACAUCCGCCCAUAUAGCAUUGAUUUCAAACCAUCAGGAGGAAAUCCUACUGGCCGCUACACUAAUGGGAAAACCAUUGCAGACAUUACUGGAGAGUUGAUGGGACAGAAACAUUAUGCUGUACCAUUUCUUGCACCAAACACCACAGGAAAAGCUCUCAUACAUGGAGUUAAUUUUGCUUCAGGAGGUGGUGGGAUUUUGAGAGACACUGGAAGAGUCUUUAUUAACAGGCUUUCAAUGGAUGUCCAAAUAGAUUGUUUCAAUAUUACCAGACAACGAAUUGCCUCAUUGUUGGGUCCAGAAAGGGCGAGAAACUACAUUAUGACAAAAUCUAUCUUCUCAGUCACACUUGGCUCAAAUGAUUUUCUCAACAAUUACCUGCUUCCAAUCUUCUCCGUUGGUGUGAGAAGAGCGCUGACACCAGAGGCUUUCAUUGAGGAUCUUAUCACCCAUAUGAGAGGACAGCUCACGAGGCUCUAUAAUCUAGAUGCUAGGAAAUUCAUAGUGGCAAAUGUGGGACCAAUCGGUUGUAUUCCAUACGAGAAAGCAAUGAAUCGGGUGACAGAUAGUGAGUGUGCCGAAUUACCAAACAAUAUGGCACUUCAAUAUGGUGCCAGGUUGAAGGACCUGCUGCAGGAACUAAAACAAAACCUACCCGAAGCCACGUUUGUUUAUGCAAAUGUGUAUGAUCUAGUGCUGGGACUCAUCAGAAACUAUGAACAAUAUGGUUUCACAUCAGUCGACACACCAUGCUGUGGCGGAGGCCAAUAUUCUGGGCUGAGUCCAUGUGGUCCAACAUCUAUCUUGUGUGCAGACCACACAAAACAUUUCUUCUGGGAUGCUUACCAUCCAAGUGAAGCGGCAAAUAAGAUCAUUUCUAAGCAACUUCUUCAUGGUGACCCGAAAUAUGUAACACCCAUGACUCUUCAGGCACUAAGAGAUCUCUAAUUGACUCGAUUCCCAUAUUACUACAAACAUGUAUUUAAAAUGACUGUAACUAAGUUUCAAUGGAUAGAAAACUAGAUGGGAUGCCAACCUGAAAAUUAAAGUGCAAAUCUAAACAGGUGAAGAAAUUACUGGGAUAAU